AUGUCGCAACUUAGCAAAAUAGGCAAUAUGGUUGACGUUACAACCCUUUGCAAAGUGCUCAGCGUCCUUGCUGUGUCUUCGAUAAUUCUUCGUUGGAUUUACAAUCUUUACUUUCAUCCAUUGCGGUACAUUCCCGGGUCUAGGCUGGCUGCUAUGACUUCCUGGUUUGAGUUCUAUUAUGAUGUUUGGGGCAGUGGCAUUUACCUCCUGAAGAUCAAGGAGAUGCAUGAGACAUAUGGCCCUAUCAUUCGAGUCAACCCGAAUGAGAUUCACAUCGCGGAUCCCAGUUUUUACCAUCAAAUCUACACCAGUGGCACUCGCAAGGUCAACAAAGAUCCUUCAACUGUAGCAGGCUUCUCCGUUCCAAACUCUGUAGCAGCGACGGUUGACCAUUUCCACCACCGUUCUCGACGGGGCUACAUGAACCCCUACUUUUCCAAAAGGGCCAUCGUUGCUCUUGAGCCCGAGAUCCAUGAGCGUAUUUCCGCUUUGUCUGCCAGGCUCCGGCGCGCCUCGGUAGAAGGUGCUCACUUGUCUCUUGACAGGUGUAUUUCCGCCAUGACAGCUGAUAUUAUCCUGAAGCGGUUCUUUGGCCAACACUAUGAUUACGUCAACGAGCCCAAUUUUGAGUUCCCCAUUCGUGACGGAUUUUUCGGAGUUUCCUUGAUCUUCCAUCUAGCUCGUUUCGCCCCGCGACUCAUUCAAUCUCUGAGGAAACUACCCAUCCCUGUCAUCAGCUGUAUCCUUCCCAAGGUUGCCAACUUUCUGAUCUUGGAGAAAUAUAUCACGGAAAAAAUGUCGGCCACCCUUGCAGCUGAAAAGAAAGACACUUCCACAGCCAAGUCUGUCAUCCUUGAAUCUCUGGCUAACGAACGAAUCCCCGCACACGAGAGAACUAUGAAGCGUCUGGUUGACGAAGGUCUUGUCAUUACCAUUGCCGGUACAGAGACAUCCGCCAGAGCUCUCUCCGUAGGACUGUUCUAUCUUAUCCAAAAUAAGACUCUCAUAUCCAAACUGCGCGCGGAAGUCGCUGCAGCUGUCCCGCACGACCAAUCUCCAGAUACGUGGACUCUGAAGCAGCUAGAGCGCCUGCCUUUUCUCACUGGCUGUGUUAAGGAAGCCCUUCGCCUCUCCUUUGGUCCCAUCAGUCGUCUGCCCCGCAUCUCGGUAGAGGAUGUUUUGCAAUACAAGGAAUAUCGUAUCCCACCUGGAUAUCCGGUGAGUCAGUCGACCUGGUUGGUCCACACUGACCCAUCUGUGUUUGUUGAACCUCUCAAAUACGACCCAGAGAGAUGGGUUCGAGCUGCAGACGAAGGCUUCCAACUGGACAAUUUCCUUGUCACCUUCACUAAAGGCAGUCGCCAGUGUCUUGGAAUCAACAUGGCCUACGGUGAGAUGUACCUCACCUUGGCCCGGUUGGUAUGCGGUUUCGACAUGGAACUGUGGAACACGACCUUGGAAGAUGUGCAGAUCCAUCAUGCGCGAAUCAUCGGUAGUCCGAAGUUCGAUAAAAAGAGAGGUGCUGGACAAGGUGAAAUCAAAGUCAAAGUUCUACGAGAGAGGAUCGCGGCCGCUUAG